AUGAGCGCUUCCCAGGCGGAUCGCGCUGUGGUCCACGCAUACCGUCACCUCUACCGACAGGGGUUGAAAGCCAUCCACUACUCGACCCCGGCUCGAUAUUUGCUCCUACAGACUUUACGGAAAGCGUACCGCUCCUCCCCGGCCGAAGAAUUCAAUGCAACCAAAAUCAACAACACUCUCCGUUUUCUUGAACAGGCUACCGAGGUCGCGGGCAUGGAGCACAGGAUCUUGAAGAACCUCCUGAUGGCCAGGUAUUGGGAGCAAGACCACCUUGCGCGAGAGGUGCGCGUCCCACGGAGCUUAGGACUCGGUCAAAGCGAAAACCAAUUGCGAACCGCCGCUUUCAACCACUAUAAUUUAACGCUUGACCGUUUGAAUGAGAGUCUCGGGACAUGUCUCAAAUGA